AUGUUUCCAUUUCAGGUCUCAAGUGCAUACAAGUAUCAGAGCAAAUUUCCACAGGAUGAACUUUCAAAUCCAAAUGAUAAACUAACUAUAUCGAUUUUGCUCAUCACCUUCGACAAUCCGAAAGGAACGUUAAACAAUGGCGAUCACUGCAGUAAUGUUCUCGGCCAGUUGCGACCGUGUAAUAUUGGUAUGACAAUAAAGUUUACACCACUUCCGUAUCAACCGGGCACCGGUGUAGUCAAACGUUUGGAACAACUGACUACUGCCAGUAAUAUGGUCAACUUUUCACCCGAAAAAUUGUAUGGCGAAUGGCACAAUCCGCAAGCGUUUGCGUACAACGGUACCUGGCAGGGCUUCGUUUUGAGCAUGUCAGCAUAUGACAUUUACGAAAGUUUGAUUUCCACAAGCCUCUUGCCAAUUUACAAUGUAGAUGUUUUUAUCGAGGGAAGUGAACUCGAAAAGAACAUCACCAUAAUGUCAGAAAGAAACAAUGAUGCCGGACCUGUUAGGUUUUCGUUCAGUUACAAGCUUCUGCAUGCCAAAAGUAAGCACUCUUUUGCAACUCUGUUCACUGACAGUUCUGUGUGUCAAGUUUUACGCUCUGGCCUCGCUCCAACUGAUUGA